GCGUAAACAUCCAAACAAAUAACGAAAAACGUCAGCGGCGUAUCAAAUCAUCAAAAGUUUUCUUUUGUCGAACAAGGUGUUUUUUUUUAAAUAAAUAAAUUUAAUUUUCAUGGUAAACGGACCAUGGCUAACGUGACGGUGGUAUUCGAGUACGAGGAGCCGGAAUAUUGCCGCCUGUGUCUGGCGGAACCAACAAAACAUAAUGAACUGACCACGAUCAGAGAUGCUGCUGCUAGCGACAUCCACAAGGACAUUCUUCCAAUCAUACGGGAGCUUUUGAAAAUAGAGCUUGAUCCAGAAAAGGACGCGGGUUCGUUUAUCUGUUCCACUUGCCUGGAAAGCCUUGUGGAAUUCCACCACUAUAGGUCCCGCUGUCAAAUCAAUAACGACACCCUACAGAAGAAAGCUAUUGAGCGGAAACAGAAUCAAAUCGAAUUGGCCAAGAGUGCAAUUCACAAUACAAAUGUCCUAGAGCAUGUGAAGGAUGGUGAUCCGAUUAAAGUGAUCAUUCGGAUGAAUACCGAGGGAAAGGGGUCCAUCAGGCUACAAGUUCAAUCGAAACAACCGGUACUGGAUGCAUCACCACCUCCUGAACCGCCCACGAAAAAGCCCACUGCAGCCCCAAGUGCAACCACCGUAAAACCAGUGAAGCUGCAGAAGCAGGAAUUCUUCUUUUACAAAACUCAAAAUUCCAAACGUGGUCUAAUCUAUGACGGAUUCCGCUACUGUGUAUCGAUUCCCCGAUUGAAUGGCACCCAUUGGGUUUGUGAACAUCGUAGGAGUCACAAAUGUAUGGCACUGCUCUACGUUGAUAAAACGUACAGCGCAUUCUAUCUUCACUCGAAUCAUACCCAUUCGCGGUCGCAGCAAAUUGGAGCAAAUUUACCUAACGUCUACAAAUCGGUUGAUGUACUAAACGAAGUGAUGGAAAAUGAGGAACAGAUACGGAAAACGCGAGAAAUUGAGAAGGCAAAUGCUCAACAGGACAAUACUCGGCCAAACUCUGCUACACAUAUUCUGGCCGACAGCACACCCAAGAAUGUACAAGUCAAGGAAGAAUCUGAUUCGGAUAGUGAGAAAGAGGAUGAUGAAAUGAAUUCCAACAUCUUAUCGAAGGAUGCACAUGUACAAGUUAAAGAAGAAUCUGAUUCAAAUAGUGAGGAAGAAGAUGAUGAAAUAAUUUCCCUUUACGGUUUAUCAACAUCGGGUGCUUCUAAACCUGUACAGCUUCAGCUACCCUUUGUUAAAGUCAAGGACGUGCCACCCUCAACAACAGUUGCUGUCACACCACCACCCACAAAACGCAUCAAGAUAAAUGCAGGAGACAACACAUAUUUUAUUAAAGAGCUGACGUAAGCUCGAGAAAAGUUUGUCAUCUGUAAAUUAGUCUACAGUAUAUUCAUAGACAACCAGAUAUAACCGUUGAAAUUUACAUGUCUGUUUGUCUGUGAAAGCGAUAUGUAACAUUUUUUUUAUUAUACGCUAAUACAUUAAAAUACACAUUUAAAACCA